AUGGCCACAGUGAUCAAAAGUAAUGCGGAAGAUACAAAACAGGCAGCUUCGUCCCCUAGACUCAAAGGCCGGGAAAAUGCGAAAGACACUCUAUGUCGCAAUGUUACGAUAUACGGGAAGUGCCGCUACGAGGACAAAGGAUGUGCCUUCAACCACACCGUAGAAAAGCCUGCCUCUGAUGGAGGACAAAAUGAUAGUCAGUCGAAAAAGACGCUCAACGUCGACUCGCCGAGUUUCACACCCUCUUUCUUGUCUCCCAAUGGCACCGCGGCUGCAGCCACUGCUAUCAAGAAGCCAACGACUGGCAUAUCUCCGAAGGCAGCAAGUGCUGCCCCGUUCAUGCCCAAGGCCAUCAUCUCCCGUGAGCAGAUGUCCAGAUCGUCGAACGCUACUCCUCUUCGACAAGAUGCCAAAACCCCAGAUUGGGCGCUGCCUGACGUCCAAGAAUUUGUACCCCGACGAACUCAAGAACCGUCUCUAGUGAGUUCUCUCAGAGCAGAGACCAGUGAAAGCGAGAUUCCUGUCUCUCAUGCUUUUGAGACGUUUCAAACGAGCCAUACCCCCAACCCAUAUCUCGAUCACAGUAUAAAUGGAACCGCUUUUUAUCAAAACACACCCGGUUUUCAGCAGCCGGUACAAUACCACCAAUAUGCGCCUAUUGGCCACUACAACGCGGUCCUCACUCCCUACCAGCGCACAGUGCAUGACCUUUUCAUCCCCAACGAUCUCCGAGAGGAAAUUCAGAAGAAGUCAGCGGCAGCCCUCCAGAUACUACCCAAUUCGCAGCUACCAAGUCACAUCGAGAGUUAUCACUCUCUUGUCCCUCUUGAUACAGCCCACAAAAGUUCAAACAUAUUUGGAGGUUAUACAUCUUGGGUGUAUAAAGCGCAAUCAAGCGCCAAUGGGCACUUUUUCGCCCUCCGCAGAAUUGAAGGCUUCCGCUUGACAAACGAGCACGCAAUCCGCGCUGGACAAGCUUGGAAAAAUAUAAUCAGCGCUAACAUUGUCCGAAUUGUCGACGUCUUUACAAACCGCGGCUUCGGCGACUCAUCCCUCUUUAUCGCCACAGAAUAUCAUCCUCUGUCCAAAACCCUUUUGGAACACCAUCACCUUGGACAUUCAUACAAUCCUCGUCCCGCUCGUUCUAACAAAGACCAAGCCACGGAGCCUGCCUUGUGGUCUUACGUCGUGCAAAUAGCCUCUGCUCUGAAAACUAUCCACAACUCUGGCUUAGCCGCUCGAAUCCUCGACCCCAGCAAAAUCCUUGUAACAGGAAAGAAUCGCAUCCGUCUGAACGGCUGCGGCAUUCUGGAUGUGGUGCAGUAUGACGCCAAUACCCACACACCUCUCGCUCAGGUCCAACGACAGGAUCUCGUCAAUUUUGCCCUGGUUGUCCUUGCCGUUGGGUCAGGAUCCCUGGAUGUGGGUCAGAAUUUUGCUCGCAGCAUGGACACUUUCAAACGUUAUUACAAGCCCGAGCUUCAAAACGCCGUGGUGUGGUUAUACUCUGCAAUGCAGAACUCGGAGAAAACCAUAGACGGAUUCGUCACUCUUAUCGCAAACCAAAUGAUCACCGCUUUCAAUGCGGCCCUUCACAGCGACGAUACUCUAUAUUCUGAAUUGUCGCGCGAGGUGGAGAAUGCGCGCCUGGUGCGCCUUAUGGCCAAAAUCAACUUCAUCACUGAACGCCCUGAAUACAAUCAUGACCAGUCGUGGAGCGAGAAUGGGGAACGCUAUUUCCUCAAGUUGUUCCGUGACUACGUCUUUCACCAGGUUGAUGCACAAAACCGACCAGUCGUGGAUCUCGGCCAUGUCCUGAUGUGUCUCAAUAAAUUAGACGCGGGUACGGAGGAGAAGAUCAUGCUCGUGAGCCGGGACGAACAGAGCGUGUUUGUGGUGAGCUACCGCGAGCUAAAAAAGGGGGUGGAGAGCGCAUUUCAGGAAUUAGUUGGGAAGAGGGGAGGACCUUUGAGGUAG